AAAUGCGCAUGCUCAAACGUAAUUUCGUUCGCGGUUGCGCCAACUCGGAUAGGAUGUUGCCACUAGCAGCAUUGAUGCAUAGGCUUUUUCAGAACAAAAAUACAUUUCUUGAGGAUCCGGCACUGUUGGACGAAUAACAACAACAACGCAUUUUGCAACCCUUGAUUGGAAGGAACACAACGUUGCGAGCAUUUUACAUUUUGUGUAUUCUGACUGUUGACAAUGCAAAGUGGAAGCGAGCGGGUUUGCAGAAUUUUCAAGCGUCUUCUAAUUUCAGCUAGUAGGAGCAGUAGGAGCAAAAUCAAGAACCAUGGCUAGGCCUCGCAGAUACAUUCAGUCGUUCAGCAACCUGACAACAAGACAGUUUAGAAUAGGCACAACGUUGAGGUUUGUGAGGAACUCGUAACAUUCGUCAAAUUCUUGCCAGCAGUUAUAGCAAGCAAACAUUGCUUAAUGGAUGGUAUUGCUAAUUAACGUUAGCUAGCUACAGUUGACUAAAUAGGUAACUAGCUAUCAGUCUAGUGUGUGUGUGCCUGUAUCACAUUCAGAUAAAGCAACUAGCUAUCGGUUGCCAACUUGCAUACGAGGUCGCUACGUACGGCUAGUUAACUGUUCACCUUGGCUGAUUCCGUUAUUCCCUCUCCAAUAUACAGUAAUAGGCAGAGAAAGGCAUUUUUUUGUAAAAAGGUGCGUGUGUGGGGGGGGUUCGCCUAUCACUGCCAGUGGGACUGGGCGUGGAACGACACUACUAGCUAGCUACAGUAGCUGGUUCCAUAGGAUUAUUUGCAAGAACUCGUCGACUGCUGGGUGAAUGUGGGACAAAAUGGAGACGCCAACGAUUGUGUACGAUUUGGAUACCUCUGGGGGUUUAAUGGAGCAAAUUCAAACACUGCUCGCACCACCCAAGUCAGAGGAUGGCGAAAAAAGGAGUCGGAGGAGUGAAAGGGACGUUCGGAGAAAGAGCAGGGCCACCAACCACGAUAUCUGUGAUAGUUGUCAUGAGGGAGGGGACCUUCUGUGUUGUGACCAUUGUCCAGCCGCCUUCCAUCUACAAUGCUGUAACCCACCAUUGAGUGAAGAAAUGCUGCCCCCUGGUGACUGGAUGUGUCAUCGCUGCAAUGUCCGUAGAAAGAAGCGGGAGCAGAAGGCUGAGAGGACAAAUGGCCUGCUGGAGAGGGAGAGGCUCUUCUCCAAGCGCUCCUCCCCUGCAGCUGAACUGGAGCGGGGCACCACCACUAUUACAACCACCAUGCUGCGUCUGGACAGGCUGCCCCCCGGGGUCGGAGCAGCUGGACCCGGCCUGCGGGUGGCUGCCGUGCAUCUCGAGCGUCUGGAUCGCCUUGAGCGGCGGGCCAGCAGCCGCCCUGGCACGCCCACUUCCAACACCUCUUCCACGGACACGGACACCCCCUCGGAGGAGCAGAACGAGGUAGACAAGGCGAUGUCCAAGGCAGAGGAGGUGGAGGUCCAGGGCUCAGAAUCUGAGCAAGCCACCACCACCCCUACCUCCACACCACGGCUCCUCAAGAGGCCCUUCCAGCUGCUCAUCGCCGCCGCCAUGGAGCAGAACCCCUCGCAGUUCCAGCUACCCAACGAACUCACCUGCACCACAGCACUGCCAGGCAGCAGUAAACGGAGGAGGAAAGAGGAGCUGAUCAUGAAGACUUUCAGAAGGCCACAGCAUGAGAUGGACCCCAACGGCCUCGUUCCUCUGCCAGUCAGGGUGUGCUUCUCCUGCACCAGGAGCUGCAGAAUGGCGCCCCUGGUUCAGUGUGACUAUUGCCCCCUGCUCUUCCACAUGGACUGCCUGGACCCCCCACUUACUGCCAUGCCCACAGGCAGGUGGAUGUGCCCCAACCAUAUGGAGCACUUGGUGCUGAACCAGAGGAGCCUGUCCCUUACCAGCCGCUGCCAGCUCUUAGACCAGUUCCAGGAUAGGAUAUCCCAGCAUGCUGUCAAGGUGGGCUUCCUGCGACGGGUCCACCGACAGAAUCCCCCUGUCCGCAGUGGUGUCCACCACAAGACGAAGGUGCUCAAGGUACCCGACGCUAUUAAGUCCCAGUACAAGAACCCCCCGGCCAUGUUGGCUCCUGCAGGGGUGCGUAACGGGGAGCUGAUCUGUAAUGGUGUCCCAUCCCAGGACUGCUCCCCUCAGCAUUUUACCAGCCAGGCGGAGCAACAGGAGUGGCUUCGAGAUGUCAUCUCGCUGCAGUGCAGCAUCAUGCGACAUUUAUCUGGCAAGCAGAAGUCCUCGUCAGACUGGCACUCUGAACAGACAAACAGGGAACAGAAAGACAUUAAGCUCCGUGUGGCCCUAGAGGAGAACAGCUCUCUGCCCCUUGCAGAAAGGACAGCUUCAGCCCUGCCUGCCCCCUGCUCUAAGCCCUGCAGUACAUCUGAUGGCCCCCAGGGGGCCCAGGUAUUGAAGGGUCUCUCGCAAGGCCAGGAGAGCUGCAGCUGCCCGGUGAGGCCAUGUCAGAACUGUCUGAAGUGCAGGAAACCCAACGGGCCCCUGACUGAGCAGCCUGUGCAAGCCAACGGGCCAGUAGUAUGUAACUCUGCCUCUGACGCCUGCAAACAGACAGAGCUCCAACUACACAGACUCACCUCCCCAGCCCCACUCCCAACCUCUGCUCUGGGGAUGCCAAACCACCUGAGAGGAGGGGUGGAGGUUAGAACUGAGAAGGGCAGCCACCUAGAGUUUUGCACCCAGAAAGGUUGUCCACCUUCUUUGAUGUGUGCAGCCACAGGGCAGGACAUAAAGAGCCAGGCCCACGGGACUCCUUCAGGCAUGGCAGGGACACAGGCCAACCCUCUGAGCUGCUGCAGUGAGCUGACGCUCUGCCCCAGCCCCACCCCAGGUGUCCAUGUCUUCACCCCACCCAGAGCCGUCAAAGAAUCCAGCACAGCAAGACCGCUGACCACCACACCUCCCGGUUUCUCCCCAGGGACAGAUCUUAAGGGCAGCUCCAUGUUCCCCAGCUCUCUCUUCCCCUUAAUAGCAGACCUGUCUGGUGGCAUGAAGGCUGUGAUGGAAGCGGAUGGAGAGAUCGAACUGAGUAAACUGGAUGAGGAGUUGGUCAAACUCCUGGCCUGGCAGAGGAUACAGCAGCUGUUCCCCCACAAAGCACCCCCAGUCCCCCAAGGCAGCGGUCUACCUGCUUCCCCUCCUCCCACUCUCGCCCUCAAACCUCAAUCUCCCGCGCCGUGCACAGAGGAAGAACAGAAGGUGCAGGCGAGAGCAACGUUCUAUCCACUCAUGGGGAAGGGAGGAGCCAUCAACAUGUCUUAUAGGACCCUGUACAUAGGAGCUGGUGCUGACAUGGAUGUGUGCCUUACAAACUAUGGUCAUUGUAAUUAUGUAUCUGGAAAACACGCCUGCAUCUUUUACGACGGGAACACCAAACACUACGAGCUGCUCAACUACAGUGAGCAUGGGACCACGGUGGACAACGUGCUCUACUCCUGUGACUUCUCUGAGAAGACUUUGCCCAGCCCGGCCAGUGGCCUGGUGUCCAAAGUGCAGGGCAUUGUCCGCCGCUGUAAGAUGAGAGAGCAGCAGCAGGAGGAGGGGACCGAGGCUGGGCACAGGACUGUUCUGAUGCCAUUGGAGGGAGUGAUGAGCUGCCAGCCCCAGGGAGGACCCAGGCUCUCCUGCAACUGCAAAGCCAGCAGUUCCAGCCUGAUUGGUGGCAGCGGGGCUGGCUGGGAGGGCACAGCGCUGCUCCACCAUGGCAGCUACAUCAAACUGGGCUGCAUGCAGUUUGUCUUCAGCAUUGUUGAGUUCGCCAGUAAGCAGCCUAAAGAAGAGGUAUCCACUGGCACUGCCAAUACCACCCCCGCCAAUACCACCCCCAACCAAGAGGGGGCAGACAAACAGACUAUCAAACUCCACCAAUUGCAACUCUGUGCCAAAGCCCAAACUCUCCCUUUCUCAUCUAUUUCCAGUCAAACCUAAGGGGAGCAGGUUGUUACACAAGGAAAAUAUCUAUUUUAAUUUAUUUUGUUUCUACUUUUGCAUGAAAUGAAGUAUUAUCUCAAAUCUGUUUAUUUAGAUUGACUUACUGAAGAGUAUUUGUCACUUAUUUUUGCCAGUCUAGUUAUACAUGUAUAUACAGUACCAGUUAAGUUUGGACACCUCAUUACAGGGUUUUUCUUUAUUUGUACUAUUUUCUACAUUGUCGAGUAAUAGUAAUAAUAGUGAAGACAUCAAAAGUAUGUAAUAACACAUGGAAUCAUGUAGUAACCAAAACAAAUUCUUCAAAGUAGCCAUCCUUUGCCUUGAUGACAGCUUUGCACACUCUUGGCAUUCAUAAUUAAAAAUGAAUUUGUAUAAUUUCUUUGGCUCAAACGCAUUGAGAUGGAAUCAGUUGUGUUGUAACAGGGUAAAUAAAGGGGCUAUACAGAAGAUAGCCCUAUUUGGUAGAAGACCAAGUCCAUAUUAUGGCAAGAACAGCUGAAAUAAGCAAAGAGAAACGACAGUCCAUCAUUAUUUUAAGACAUGAAGGUCAGUCAAUCCAGAAAUUUCAAGAAGUUUGAAAGUUUCUUCAAGUGCAGUUGCAAAAACCAUCAAGAGCUAUGAUGAAACUGGCUCUCAUGAGGACCGCCACAGGAAAGGAAGACCCAGAGUUACCUCUGCUGCAGAGGGUAUGUUCAUUAGAGUUACCAGCCUCAGAAAUUGCAGCCCAAUUAAAUGCUUUGGCGUUCAAGUAACAGACGCAUCUCAACAUCAACUGUUCAGAGGAGAUCAGGCUUUCGUGGUUGAAUUGCUGUGAAGAAACCACUACUGAAGGACACCAAUAAGGAGACUUGCUUGGGCCAAGAAACAUGGCCAUUAGACCAUUAGAUCUGUUCUUUGGCCUGAGCCCAAAUUUAAGAUUUUUUGUUCCAAUCGCUGUGUCUUUAUGAGAAGCAGAGCAGGUGAACGGAUGAUCUCCGCAUGUGUGGUUUCCACCGAGAAGCAUGGAGGUGGUGUGGUGCUUUGCUGGUGACACUCAGUGAUUUAUUUAGAAUUCAAGGCACACUUAACCAGCAUGGCUACCACAGCAUUUGACAGCAAUACGCCAUCCAAUCUGAUUUGCGCUUAGUGGGACCAUUUGUUUUUCAACAGGACAAUGACCAAUACACCUCCAGGCUGUGUAAAGGCUAUUUGACCAAGGAGAGUGAUGGAGUGCUGCAUCAGAUGACCUAGCCUCCACAAUCACCCGACCUCAACCCAAUUGAGAUGAGUUGGCGCGCAGAGUGAAGGAAAAGCAGCCAACCAGUGCUCAGCAUAUGUUGGAACUCCAGAACUGUUGGUUCUCCAUGAAGCUGGUUGAGAGAAUGCCAAGAGCAUGCAAAGCUGUCAUCAAGACCAAUGGUGGCUACUUUUUGAAGAAUCUAAAGCCUAUUUUUAUUUGUUUAACAAUUAUUUUGGUUACUACUUGAUUCCAUAUGUGUCACUUCAUAGUUUUGAUGUCUUCACUAUUCUAAAAUGUAGAAAAUAGAAAAACAAUUAAAAACCCUUGAAUGAGUAGGUGUGUCUAAACCUAUGACUGGUACACUAACAUUUUCUUAUUUUUCAGACCGCUCAUGUAGCCCAAACAUUUUAUUUUGUGAUAUUGAAGUUCUAGUACUCGCACUAUUUGUUGCUACGUUUGCACCACAGGUAGCUAGCACACUUACAUGCUUAUACACACAUUUGUAUGUACAGUAUAUUAAUGUAAAUAGGAUUGAUUGGGUGCUUUUCAGUUGGAUAUCCUGUACAUCAGUCUAGGCUGGUGGGAGGAGCUAUAGGAGGAUGGGCUCGUUGUACUGGCUAGAAAAGAUUUAAGUCAAGUGUGGUUUACAUAUGUAUGUUUGUUUACCGUUCCAUUGAUUCCAUUCUAGCCAUUAUAAUGAUCCCGUCCUCCUAUAGCUCCUCCCACCAGCCUACACUGAUGGACAUAAACCAUUGUGGUUGGUUUGUAUAGUGUACAGUACCUCCCAUGGACUCCUUUUGUGAUAUUUUGUAGUUUUGCAGAAACGUUUGUUACACACCUGUUCCGAGUCCUGUGUCUUCCAUGCUGAAUGGUGUAAAUGGUGUCAGAUUGUUUUAGCUCUCGUUUAACACUCUUGUAUUCUGUAAAUAAGAGUUCUUUGUUUGUUCCUGUCUGUUAAAACAAUGUAAAUACAGAAAGAUUUUUUUAAAGAACAAACUUAAAAAUG